AUGGCCCGGUUUUUAAAGGCUCUAAGCGAGCAAUUCAUACACCAAAGUCAGCCCGCACCAAGCCUGUGGCGCCCUUCUAGACAGCCUAAGAAACGGCCCAGAGAAAGAACUCUGGUGCCUUCUCUGUUGGAUCCGCUUCAAAAUGCUGAUCCCAGCGCGAGUGCCAUUACAUCCUCCGAUUCAAGCGCAUCGGACUCUACCCAGAGGACAUUUACACACACACAGGGAAAGUUACGCUCAGCAUUUGAAAAUCUAGCCGAUGUAAUGAGACGAGGGUUACAUCGAGGUCCAAAAACAAAGGCAUCAUCCUCGGGCCAUGAGGAUGACAUAGAGAAAGGCGAUCGCCCUGGAGGCGACACGAAAGGUUUUGCUGAGGCAAUUGCAUCUUCACAAAGGGAUCAAUUAUUUGGGCCAACCUCGUCUUCGAAUGAGAAGCUGACUGCUGAAAAUGAGGCUGCGACGGUUAUCUCCAAUGCUGAGAGCACUAAAGCCUCAAAGAUGGCUGGUAAUGACCGUGGAAAGACUGGGAACUCUGUAUCUCCGAGCGAAAAGCCAAGUGCUGCAAACAACACAGCCAAAACGGCCAUCUCAAAUGUUAGGAGCUCCAAAAACUCACAAAUGGUUGAUAGUAACAGUGAAAAACUUGCGAAUUCCCUCUCCCUGAGUGAAAAGCCAGGCUCCGAAGGCGAGAGAGCUGAAACAGUGAGCUUGAAUAUUGAGAGUACGAAAACUUCGCCAAUGGUUGAUAAUACUAGCGGGAGUCUUGGAAGGUCCCCACCUCCGACGGUACCGGCGGUGGAGGAAAACACAGAAGGUUCUGUUGCUAGUCAGCAAAACCCAAGUCAGCGAAGCGGCCGGUCGUUCUGGGGUUUGAGCACUGACGACGUGGAUAACCUCAACUUUAGAGCCGAAGAAACCGCUUUUCGAACAAGAAAUGGUGGAGACCAGACAGCGGACUUGAUGAAUAUUGACGAACAUCUCGUCAAAGGAUACUUCUCGCCCAGUAAUCCUGGUGAUUCACCUCUCCAACUGAGGAGAACCCUCGAUCAAUACUUCUACACUCAUCUUGCACACAUGUCAGAAAGGAAUACUGGCGGACAAGUGAUCCAAAGGUAUACGCAGGAGCACUUCUCUGAGCCUAAGAUGUGGAUGGUAGACCAAUUAUGGCUUUGGAUACUCAAUAAUGAUACCAUCAUUAGCUGCUGCCCGCAACGGUGGGAUAUCUUCUCCAGCAGCCUUUCUCACAUGACUGGAACAUUAUUCGAGCCGUUUCCCGAUCAGUCAGGACUUGAAAAUCCAACGGUUACCACGCAUCGAAACUCGUCGCUCGUGCCUACUUCCAUCGAGCUUGCUCAGGGCAAACCCAAGGACAAAAGCAAAAACGAAGGCAACGUCGUAUUAGGGUGGAUGGCCGGUAAGCAGUCUAAGUUAACCCGAAAGGCAGCUAUUCAGCGGAAAGACAAGGAACGGGGCCAGUUUUUCCCUACUAGUAGUCGUGAUCAUUUAGAGACUGUUUUUGAGCCCUACAGCCCUCGCUCAUCUUCCGAGGAAAAUCGACAACGUCGGGCAUUCCUCCGGAAAGAUCCUUUAAAUGUCCAUCAAACGAUACUCAAGCACCUACAAAGUCGAGCACGAGACCCUAUUACAUCAGUCUAUGCACUUGCAACCUUGAUUGCGGACACUUGCAUAGAAUUAUUUGACGAGUACCGAGUUCCAGAUGAAUUCCAAUUCUUCGACUUCUUUGAGCGAUCUAUUGGCGAUGUGAUAGACCAAGAAACGCAAUGUUUUCAAAGUUUUGCGAAGAGCCUUAAUAAUAAAUCUCCGCGCGAGACAGAUGCCGUAUUUAGCAUAACUAAAGAAGCCACAUUAUUGGCUGAGAUUAAAGAUAUUAGCGAUGAGCUUGGAAUAUUGAAAAUGGUUCUCCAUGACCAGCAGGAGCCCAGAGAAAUCCUCGCUCAGACCAUUGCUCGGCACAGGACGAAAGACACAAAUGUGAAAGAUAAAACCAAUGGUUCGCCGUGGGCACGGAAUACAGUUCUAGGGAGCCAUCUAUCUAGGAUUAAACUGAUGGAAAGUCUAGCAGAAAGGUCUUACCAAGCACUUUACAACCUGCUUGACCUGAAACAAAAGCAAGCCAACGCCCUAGAGGCACUGUCGUCUCGCAAACAGGCCGAAAACACUUUUGCUCAGGCUGAAGCGACCCAGAGCCUCACAGAAGAGAGCCUAAAAUUGGCCCAGUAUACCCAUGAUCAAUCGCGUGAAGCUACAAGACAAGGCAGGACAGUUUUACUCUUCACAGUGGUAACAAUUAUAUUUCUUCCGUUAUCGUUCAUCUCUGCUUUCUUUGCAAUCAACAUUGACGUAUUUCCGUGGACCAGCAGUGGACGGCUUCCCCUGGACUACAUCCUAAAAUACUUGUGUAAGAAUUCUAUCGCGGGCACGGAUUUUCUGUGUCCAGCAAAAUGACUAACAGAAUCCUGGAUUGACUAGUCGGCAUAUCGAGUGCUGUAUCUAUACCCUUCAUUCUCAUCGCAUUCAACCAGGAUAGGAUUGCGCAAUGGUUAAAAUAUGCUCGAGGCGUAGCCGCCGCGGGCUGGGCAUUCCUUCUAGCGGCUAUGGUGGCAAUCCUUGCAGUCAUCUGGACACAAAGUUUAGCGACAGGUAUAAAGGCUGCUGUGACGAUUGUUAUCAUUUGCGCCAUUUUGGUGGUUCUCAUUGUUUACACUUGGCAUCGGCUCUUUGGUUCAAUGCUAAAUUUUACAUCCUCUUCUGAUGUGUCAUCGCGAAGUUUAUUGUCAAAAGGUAAGUACUUCAACUAGUCAGGUUUAUAUCUAAGGGGGAAAUAUAUAUCCACUAAUCUUUUUC